AUGACCACCAAGCAUAAAAAAAAGUAAAUAAACUUUUAAGUUCCAAAACUGAGCAGCAGAACUGAGAGCAAUAAAGAACCACUACUUACUACUGUACUACACUGCACACGUCACUGUUGAUGUUGUUGUAAACUCUUGCAUGCUUGGUGUUUGCAAUUGCAUAGAUAGCACAUCAUGGAGCUUAUGAGAACCGGGAGUCGAUCGAUUGAGCUGAGCUGAGCUGAGACUGGAGUGAGAGUGUGAUGAUAGUUCUGUUACAGUUCUUGCCUCUAUACAACUGUCUGAAAUGACAACAUGCGGAACAAUGUUUGACUUUGAAGAGACCAGACCAAUAACGGAAACGAGCAAUGAACUCACGUUCAACAUUGAUAUCAGUAACUCACAGGAUUUGAUUAAGCUUCUCUACUGUUGUGACAGCCAAAUCUUCGAAGGAUGGGAUGCUUACAAAGGUUGCUGUACCUUCAGCAAUGAAGUGAUUUUCAAACUGCAGAGCAUCUCUGAGGAAGUAGUUAACAUCGUUAAAGAGCAUAAAAAGGAUCAGAGCUUCGGAAGCAUUGUGUUCAGUGGAUGUGGAACAUCUGGCAGGAUAGGCUUUCUAAUAAGUAAAUCCGUAAAUGCUUUAUUAGUGAAGAUAGACUGCAAACCCUGCUGUGAGUAUAUCAUUGCUGGUGGUGAUGCCGCACUAUUAACAUCACAAGAAUCUCCAGAAGACAGUCCAAAAGCUGGCGUCAAAGCUCUUCAGGAGGUAUGCAAGAACAAGAAGAAGGUUCUGUUUAUCGGAAUAACAUGCGGUUUGUCGGCGCCAUUUGUUGCCGGGCAGCUAGACUACUGUAUGGAGCACUCUCACGUCUUCGUACCAGUCCUUCUUGGAUUCAACCCAACCUGUCUUGCCAGGAAUCAACCCAUGGAAAACUGGAAUCAAACUUUCCUCACCGUUGUCACAAAGCUAUUAGUGGUGGAGAGUGCAGGAAGAGGAUACAUAAUCAACCCUAUUAUUGGGCCUGAAGCAAUCACGGGGUCGUCUCGUCUGAAGGGCGGCACCGCGACCAAACUCCUCCUAGAGGUCAUCAUGUUGAAUGCACUCCGUCAGCUGUCUAGCAGUUUAUCGCUCGGGGAGCCGCCGCCAGCUAACCAAAGCUCACCAGUAGAGGGUGCUGCUCGCUGUAUGCAUUUGAUGAAUAUGUAUCGGACUGUCUGGGAAGAGACCUACCCACAAGCUCUCCAGGAAGGAUUGAGCGAUGUCGUUGACUGGGCUGGUGCAAGUUUAAAUGCAGGCGGGCAUGUGUACUACAUAGGAACAGAUGAGUUGAGUUUUAUGGGACUACUGGAUGCUUCAGAGUGCCCACCGACUUUUGGCGCAGAUCCAAACGAUGUGAGAUGUUUUGUACUUGGGGGUCUCAAGGCUCUUGGAACUAGAGAUGGUGACUCAUCAAAAGGAGCUCAUUUUAAGAUUAGCUUGGACGACUUUAGGAAAGUCAACGUGCCAGCUCUCACUCAGGCAGACACUGUUAUAUUUCUCACAUCCGGCCGCAAAGUUGACCAGUCCAUCAAGAUAUUAGUGCACUCAGUCACAGCAAGAUGUACGCAAGUGGCGGUGUUUGUGUGCUACAGAGAUGAUGUGGAGAAACAAACAGGAGUCCUGCAGCAGUGCUUCCCUCGCGUCAUCGAAAUUCAAACCCACGUCAAGCAGUACAUCCGAGCCUUCAUGGAAGGCAACGAGUCGGCAUCUUGGUUUGAUAUGGUGGGGGUACAAACAAUAAGACAGUUCUGUGCCGAGAUGUCUUGCAAGCUGCUCCUUAAUGCCGUCAGUACGGCCGCUCACAUCAGGAGGGGAAAAGUCUUCCACAAUCUCAUGGUAGAUCUCAAACUCAGUAACAGCAAACUGUUUCAGAGAGGAAUUGCAAUAGUACAGAAUCUGGCAGUAUGCUCAGCAGAUGCAGCUCUCACUGCGGUUCUCAGGUCCUUAUAUGGAGUAGAUGUAAUAUCAGAGGAGUUGAAACAAAUGGCAGUGUCUGAACAUACUAGAAUCGGUUCAUUCAAACCAAAGGUCAUCCCUACCGCAGUGAUUUUGGCUUGUAAAAAUUGUUGUGUGCAUGAAGCUAUGGAAGUCUUGAUGAAGUUCCCAGUCAUACGAACAGCUCUGGCACAGUUAUGAUGUGUUGAUGUUAAUAAACACCCAGUACCAAAAGUUUUGUAUUCCAGACAAAGCCUCGGUACAAUGAGCAGCGUGCCGUAUCGAUACCUCUGGUCUCUUACCCCUGGUAGGGAUGUAAUAAAAAUAGUACCAAAGUCUUAUAUAGCACACUAAUCUACCAACAAGGUACUCACAAGGCGCUAAGUAUAUACAUUGAUACAGAAAGAGAGGUUAUGAAAGUUAUGAAUUAUGAGACCCAAUUAUGUAGCGCCUUAUAAGGGUUUACAGGGUGCUACUGCUCAUUUAGCAGGCACAGCCAGGAACACUGGGGCGAAUCCCUUCUCUUUUCUAUAGUGCUUAUAGUAUGCAUAUGUGAAAAUGCAAGUAUUUUGACGCUAUUCCAUUCCAAAUUAAUCAGGUUUUUACAUUUUACAUUCAAAAUGAGUCAUGGUCACCUUUAAAUCUUAUUGUACAUUUUAUGUCAAUUUUAUAUGGGAGAUUAAACCUACUUUCUUUCAAGAUGUAUACAAAUAACUGUUACCUAUCAAUAUUUUUGGAAUGAUCCUAUUUUUAUAAGAGAAAUAUAACUUUGAUCAAGCAAUAAAAAAACAAAAUUAUUUAUAAUUUUUGUAACACAUAAAUAGUGCCAUGUAUAUUUGGUAUGGUAUGUAUAAAAUGGUGUGUCCAUUGUCUUUCUCGAACCACUUGUAUGUGUAUAUAUAGUUUUUGCCUUUCUUUUUGAUUAAUCUUUCUUUAGGCCAGGCCCAUGCCACUUGAGGCAAUUUAUGGGGAACCUGUUCCCGUCUAUAGCCAAGAAGAAAUGGGUAUCCACGAUUUAUGUUUUGAUCAAUUUAUUUGUGGAUGAAGAGACAUUGUUACAAUCGUGGUCUAUGUGAUGCAACAUCUAUAUUAAAGACACUGGACACUAUUGGUAAUUGUCAAAGACCAGUCUUCUCACUUGGUGUAUCUCAACAUU